AUGGACUCUCCAAAACGCGCAGGCUCGCCGUCGUCGGCCGCACAGGAAAUAAAGCGUGUCAAGCUCACCGUCCCAGAGCAAAACCAAGGCGUUACUCCAGUCGACCCAGAGAAUGCGCCUGGCAAGCGCUCAGAACUCGAGCCUCUGCAGUCUGGUGACAUUGCAAACUUGCCCGCUGAGCCAGCUCCGGAAGCGCAGCCAGAGACCAGUGGCAGUACGAAAGUAAAAGUCCAGGGCGAAGGUGAUGAGGAUGGUGGCGACGUCUCGAUGAAUGAAGGCGGGGACGAGGAAAACGAAUCGGGCGAGGACAACGACGAUGAGGACCCGGCACAGCUCGAAGCAACGCGUCUCCGUUUAGAGGAGCAGGCUCGAAAGUACCUUGCCGCACAAACACACGAAGUCAUCAUUCCCUCAUAUGCAGCAUGGUUCGACAUGUCGAAGAUCCAUGAUGUUGAGAAACGGGCCCUACCCGAGUUCUUCAACUCACGUAACCGUUCGAAAACGCCAUCUAUAUACAAAGACUACCGUGACUUCAUGAUCAACACGUACAGGUUACGACCAUCGGAAUAUCUCACGUUCACUGCUUGCCGAAGAAACCUUGCUGGAGAUGUUUGCGCCAUCAUGCGCGUCCACGCUUUCCUUGAGCAGUGGGGCUUGAUCAACUACCAGGUCGACCCGGACACGCGACCAGCAACCCUUGCUCCACCAUUUACCGGGCAUUUCAGAGUUGUCCUUGACACACCGCGUGGUUUACAAUCACUGCAUCCCGGAACACGUCCUUCAGCCAAGGAAGCCACACAAGCCGUGAACGGCGCACCAAAGCUAGUUGCGUCUGUAGCAGGUCAAGCCUCCCUGGAGCUACGUCAAAACAUCUAUCAGACAACCGCAAAAUCAUCACGCGAAAUCUCGUCUUCCGAAGCCAACGCGCUCACAAACGGCACCUCUCAGUCCGCGGCGCGUGGAGCUAGUUUCUCUUGCGACACAUGUGGCGUCGACUGCACUGCUGUGCGAUAUCACUCCCUCAAACAAACCAACUUUGAGCUCUGUCCUCCCUGUUAUCUCGAUGGACGCUUCCCAUCAACAAUGUUCAGCGGUGACUUCGUGAAACUCACCGCAUCGCAAAGUAAUGCAGUAGACGACGGCUGGACCGACCAAGAGAUACUUCUCUUGCUUGAGGGUGUCGAGAUGUAUGAUGACGACUGGUCCGCUAUCGAAGAACACGUUGGGACACGCACUGCACAACAAUGUAUCCGCAAGUUCCUUGAACUUCCUAUAGAAGAUCCCUACCUGGAAGCUGAAAGCGAAGGUACCAAGGGUCCUCUACGCUAUGCUAGGUUGCCGUUUGAGCAAGCGGACAACCCCGUUAUGAGCGUCGUCGCCUUCCUUGCUGGGGUCGUUGGGCCGGGUGUAGCCGCUGAAGCGGCUAAGACAGCGUUACACGAACUCACGGAUGGGAAUAAAGAGAAGAAGGAAGGAGAGGUGGAGACGACCAAAGACGCAACGAAAGAAAAUGGCGAGGAAGAAGAAACCGACAAGGAGCAAAAGGUGGAACAAUCAGUCGAACCUGAUGCAACAUCCACAAGCGCCAAAGAAUCCGGAGAAGGCGGAGACAGUAUGGCAGUCGACGAACCCUCCAACCAGCCCAAACCAACAACUCAAACACCAGGAAUCCCACAAUCCAAAGUCCAACGUGCCGCUCACCUCGCUCUCCAAUCCUCCGCAAAGGCAGCAAAGGCACUUGCAGACGCAGAAGCCUCCUCCGUCCGUACCGCCCUCACUCAACUAAUCAAACUCACACUCAGCCGACUCGAGCUCAAGAUGAGUCAAUUCGAAGAGAUGGAGUCCGUACUUGAAGAGGAACGACGUGCGCUUGCUGCUCAGAGGGCUGCGCUGGCGAAUGAGAGGACGAAUGUGAGGCGGACGUUGGAGACUGUACGUGCGGAACUCGCGAAGAAUGGAGGGAUGUUGCCGAAUGGCGCUGCUGUUGCGAACGCUUUGGCGCAGAGUGCGCCGCAGGGGACGAAGAUGUCGCCUGUGGAUGGUGGGGUGUCGUUAGAAGGAGAUGCUGGGCCUUCGACAGAGGGUAACUUCCAGCAGCUCGGUUGAGUGAGAAUGAUAAUAGUCGAGGAUUUUUCUUCCUUGGCUGUUGUUGCUCACCCCCACUUGCUGUAGCCUAUUACGAGUUGUAAUUUGUCUGUCUUUAUACGUUCCCAUUCACUUCUCAUGUCUCGUUUUGUUUGUCUUUUGCUCUGAUAAUCUAUAUAUUGUUUCGG